AUGGACGGCAAUUACAACAAUUAUAACUCAUUCGGCGGCGGUGGCGGCGGUGGAGGGUUCAUGCCGGGCGAGACUAACAGUCCCGCGGGAGGCAAGACUGGUGAUCGGGAUAACAAAACCCUCCGUCCCGUGACAGUGAAACAAGUCCUCGAUGCCUCCCAACCCUUCCCCGAGGCGCCAUUCCAAGUUGACGGCGCCGAUGUCGCCAACGUCCUAUUCAUGGGCCAAGUACGCAACAUCAGCUCACAGAGCACAAACGUGACAUACAAGAUCGACGACGGCACAGGCGAGAUCGAGGUCAAAAAAUGGGUUGACUCGACCACCGCGGACAACAUGGAUACCGACGACGUGAAGGCGCCCGGUGAUGGAAAGAGUGAGCUUGAGAUCAAUGGCUACGCACGCGUCUUUGGAUCCAUCAAGUCUUUCGGCAACAAACGUUACAUUGGUGCUCAUUCCGUUCGGCCCUUGACGAAUAUCAAUGAGCUACAUACCCAUCUGCUCGAGGCUACUGCUGUGCAUUUGUUCUUCACUCGCGGUCCACCGGGCGCCGCUGCUGCUGGCGGUGCUGCCGGUGGUGUUGAUGCUGUUAUGGGUGGUGCAGAUGAUGGUGCUGGGCAAAACAAGGUUCUUGCUACGAUGUCGGCCCUUGCGAAGAAGAUUUAUACCCUGCUCAAGAAUGAGCCUCAAGGAACAGAAGGUAUUCACAUGCAGGUCAUUUCAUCGAGACUCAACGUCCCUGCAUCGGAUGUGGCUAGGGCCGGUGAGGAGUUGCUCAAUGCUGGUGUGAUCUUCUCAACUACAGAUGAGCAGACGUGGGCGUACCUGGAGUACUAA